AUGCGAAGCUUUAGCGCGGCGUGGCUGCUGGGGGGCGUCUUCCUGCUGGGGACCUCUGCCUCCUGCAAUCGCACUGUCCUAGGAACCAGUAGACCCUCUAAAGGAAGAAGUCUCAUUGGUUACGUUGAUAACUCACCUCAGAUCCCUGGGAGAGGAGCAACGGUGGAAGCCGGCUUUUCUGUGGAUGAGUUUUCUGCCUCCGUCCUCACUGGAAAACUGACUACUGUCUUUCUUCCAAUUGUCUACAUGAUCGUAUUUGCGGUUGGUUUGCCAAGUAAUGGCAUGGCCCUGUGGGUUUUUCUUUUCGGAACGAAGAAGAAGCACCCUGCUGUGAUUUACAUGGCCAACCUGGCCUUGGCGGACCUCCUCUCUGUUAUCUGGUUCCCUUUUAAGAUUGCCUAUCACAUCCAUGGCAACAACUGGAUUUACGGGGAAUCUCUCUGCAAGGUACUCGUUGGCUUUUUCUAUGGCAACAUGUACUGCUCCAUCCUCUUCAUGACCUGUCUCAGUGUGCAGAGAUACUGGGUCAUCGUGAACCCCAUGGUGUACCCCAUGAAGAAGGCAAGCAUUGCCAUCAGUGUCUCCCUGGGAAUAUGGCUGCUGAUUCUGCUGGUUACUAUCCCCUUAUACGUUGUGAAGCAGACCAUCUACAUUCCAGCCCUUAACAUCACGACCUGUCAUGAUGUUUUGCCAAAGGAGGUGUUGGUGGGGGACAUGUUCAAUUAUUUCCUCUCUCUGGCCAUCGGAAUCUUUCUGUUCCCAGCCUUCCUUACGGCCUUUGCCUAUGUGCUGAUGAUCCGGACCCUCCAAUCUUCCACCUUGGAUAAAAACUCAGGAAAGAAGAGGCAGAGAGCCAUCAAGCUCAUCGUCACUGUCCUGGCCAUGUACCUGAUCUGCUUCACUCCUAGUAACCUUCUGCUCGUGGUACAUUACUUCCUGAUUAAAAACUGGGGCCAGAGCCACGUCUAUGCCCUGUACAUCAUAGCCCUCUGCCUUUCCACCCUCAACAGCUGCAUUGACCCCUUUGUCUAUUACUUCAUUUCACAAGACUUCAGGGAUCAUGCAAAGAAUGCUCUGCUUUGUCGGAGUGUCCGUGCUGUAAAGCAGAUGCAAGUAUCCCUCACAUCAAUUAAAUUCUCUAGGAAAUCCAGCUCUUACUCUUCAAGUUCAACCAGUGUUAAAACCUCCUAUUGA